AUGGCAGCGAACGAUUAUUAUUCCGGUUACGGUGCUGGCGACCAUAACGAUCGCAACAAUACUUACGGCGACAACAACAUUCGGCCUGCUGCUGCUGCGUCGUCCACCGGCGGCUACAUUCCAUCGCCGUCGCCGCUUUCCUACACUCACAGCCCUUACUCCCCCUCGCCGUCUCCUCUCCAGCGACCGCCCAACGCCGACCGCCCUACCCACACCUCUCCCUUCGAUACCGUCUUCGACGACCAUGCAUAUCCAAUGAACAACAACUCCAGCAGCAAUUUCGGCAGUUACAAUAACAGCAACAUGAACCUUCCUCAGCAGCAAGAUACAGCCUACUACGGCCCCGGUCGGGGCUCUCCUGAGACGGGUCAUCAGGUCAGCGAGAACAUUCCCCUACAAAACAGGCCUCACAAAGACAUUGAAUUCGGAAACGAUCACGUCUACGAUGUCCCCGAUUCUGGCCGCCCAACCCCGACACAGAAGAAGAGAAAGGGAAAUAUUCGCCUCGGACAGCUAGGCAUGUUUGGCGCCGAUCGCAAGAGGAUCCCAUGGGUUGUCUACAUUUUCACCUUGGCUCAGGUUGGCGUCUUUAUUGGCGAGAUUGCGCGAAAUGGUAUCCUCACUGGAACUCCCAUCAUGAUCAAGCCAUCUUUCAACCCCAUGAUUGGCCCCUCGCCCUGGGUUCUUAUCAACAUGGGCGCCCGAUAUUCGCCUUGUAUGCACAACAUUGAUGCCAUUCAAGGCUCCGACAUCCCGAUCCAAUGGCCUUGCCCUAACUCGACAGCAACCACGGGCACAUGCUCACUUUCCGACCUUUGCGGCUUUGGCGGCGUCCCAGAGCCCAACUACAAUGGCGACAAAAACCAGUCCCCCCAGCCAAACCAAUGGUUCCGCUUCAUCACGCCCAUUUUCAUGCACGCGGGUCUGAUUCAUAUCGGGUUCAACAUGCUACUCCAGAUGACCAUUGGCAAGGAAAUGGAGAAGGCCAUUGGCUCGUUGCGCUUUAUACUCGUCUACAUGAGCUCUGGUAUCUUUGGUGCGGUGAUGGGUGGGAAUUACGCUGCCGAGGGUCUCCCCUCCACCGGAGCAUCUGGUGCGCUUUUUGGUGUGAUUGCUCUGGUUCUCCUUGACUUGCUAUACUCUUGGCAGGAACGCCGGAAUCCCGUCAAGGACCUGUUGUUUAUCCUCCUCGAUAUUAUCAUUUCAUUUGUGCUCGGAUUACUGCCUGGUCUCGACAACUUUGCCCAUAUCGGCGGUUUCGUCAUGGGCCUGGGCUUGGGUAUCUGUGUGCUCCAUUCCCCGAACGCUUUGCGACGACGACUUGGCCAAGAUACCUCGUACAGCGCAGUUCGCGACGGCGCCGUCCAGGGACCUUCGUUCCUGAAGAGCCCAGCCGCCUUCUUCAAAGGCCGAAAGCCUCUGUGGUGGGUGUGGUGGAUGGUCCGCGCAGCCUGUUUGCUCAGUGUCACUAUUGGCUUCAUCGUCUUGCUCAACAACUUCUACGUCUACCGAUCCUCGUGCAGUUGGUGCAAGUACCUCAGUUGCUUGCCCGUGAGCAACUGGUGCGAGCUUGGCGAUAUCCAGGUCACAAGGGAGGAGGACGGCACCACACCCGCGAAGCGAGCCAUCGUUGACGUCUUUGGGCGAUCGGCGCUAAGUAUGAUGGGCUAUUAA